AUGCAGCUUGGACUGUUUGUGGUGGUGGUUUUUCUAAGCUCGAUGGAUCUAACAGGCAGCAGCAAGGUGGUGAAGGGCAAGAGGCAAAGACGAAUUAGCACCGAGCUGAGUCAGGGCUGCGCCAGAGGCUGCGACCUGUGCUCCGAGUUCAACGGGUGCCUGAGAUGUUCCCCCAAACUUUUCAUCCUUCUGGAGAGGAAUGAUAUCCGGCAAAUUGGGAUUUGCCUGCCAUCUUGUCCACUGGGAUACUUCGGCCUUCGCAAUACAGACAUGAACAAGUGCAUCAAAUGCAAAAUUGAGAACUGUGAGUCCUGUUUCAGUCGAAACUUUUGCACAAAAUGUAAGGAAGGUUUGUAUUUGCACAAAGGGAGAUGUUAUGUCACAUGCCCCGAAGGCUACUCUGCUGCCAACGGCACCAUGGAGUGCAGCAGUCCUGCACAAUGUGAAAUGAGUGAGUGGGGGCCCUGGGGGCCCUGCUCCAAGAAGAGGAAGCUCUGUGGCUUCAAGAAGGGCAACGAAGACCGAACGCGGCGGAUUCUGCAGGCUCCCUCCGGAGAUGUGUCCCUGUGUCCUGCCACCACGGAGGUGCGGAGAUGCACCAUGCAGAAGAACCAGUGCCCCGAAGGGAAAAGGAAGAAAAAGGAAGAGCAAGGAAAACAAGAUAAUGCGAAUGGGAACAGAAAUCGGAAGGACACCAAAGACACUAAGUCUGGCACCAAGAAGAGGAAGAGCAAACAGAGAGGGGCCGCGGUGCCCACGACGUCCGCUAGCCCUGCCCAGUAG